AUGGCAUACCAGAACGGCUAUCGCGCUGUCUCUUACUUUGUCAACUGGGCAAUCUAUGGUCGUAACCACCAGCCACAGGAUCUGCCUGCCGACAAGCUUACGCACGUUCUAUAUGCAUUCGCCAACAUCAAGCCUGAUUCUGGCGAGGUUCACCUCACCGAUGCAUGGUCAGACACCGACAAGCAUUAUGCUGGCGACUCCUGGAACGAUGUUGGCACCAAUGUUUAUGGCUGCAUGAAGCAACUCUUCUUGCUCAAGAAGCGUAACCGCAACCUCAAAGUUCUGCUCAGUAUCGGUGGUUGGACAUACUCGCCCAACUUUGCCGGACCUGCAUCCACCGAGGCCGGUCGCCAGCGCUUCGCCGAUAGCGCUGUAGCUCUGCUCAAGGACCAUGGCCUCGACGGUCUGGAUGUUGACUGGGAGUACCCAGCAGACGACACUCAAGCACACAACUACGUACUCCUCUUGAGAGCUACGAGACUUGCGCUGGACGCAUACUCGCAGUCUCUACCUGGCAACCCACACUUCGCCCUUACAGUUGCUGCACCUUGUGGCCCUGAGAAUCUGCGUCGCAUGCAUCUUCGCGAGAUGGAUCAAUAUCUUGACUUCUGGAACUUGAUGGCAUACGAUUACACAGGCACUUGGAGCACGCAUGCAGGUCAUCAAGCCAAUGUUGCCCCCUCUCGAGACAACCCCCAAAGCACUCCCGUUAGUACCGUGGGUGCUGUUAGCUGGUACACCGAGAAUUGUGGCAUUCAUCCGAGCAAGCUUGUCAUCGGUAUGCCGUUGUACGGUCGCAGUUUUGCUAACACCGAUGGACCUGGCGCACCAUACUCAGGUGUCGAUUCUGGAGCCAGUUGGGAAGCCGGGUCUGGUAUUUGGGAUUACAAAGCUCUUCCCCGCCCAGGCGCAACUGAAUACCACGAUCCUGCUGCCGGUGCCUCAUGGAGCUACGACCCCUCCACCCGUGUCAUGAUGACCUACGACAAUCCAGUCUCUUCAGCUGCAAAGGUAAACUACAUUCAGCAGAGUGGACUAGGAGGAGCAAUGUGGUGGGAGAGCAGUGGUGAUCGAGUUGGCGAAGGCAGUCUGAUCACUCUAGUUGUCAAUGGCAUGGGAGGCUAUGAAGGCAAACAUAUGCAGAAAGUGGACAACUGUUUGGAGUAUCCACAAAGCAAGUUUGACAACUUGAGAAAAGGGUUCCCUGGCGAGUAA